CAACUUUCAGAAUUUAUUGAAAAUUAUUGUGCGAGCAAACAAAAAAUUCUUCAGCAGUACGUUACUCCCUAGCAUAUACAUAGGUACGGAUUCCCAAACACGCGAUGAAUGCCUUUGGGAAGACCAAUGGGCGUAGUGCUGGUGCCCCCCAAUCCCCAAACUAUAAUCGACGUAUCACGGAUGCAUCGCAAGUCACCGGAAAUAGCUCGGCCAGGGCCUUGUUGACGGCGCCGCUUUCGGGUCACUCUGCAGGAGCACGAAAGGCAGCUCACUGCGGAGCGGGCGAUGGAGGCUCCGUUGACGGGCGUUCCUGGAAGACGCAAGGAAAUCGUCUGGAAGGAGGUUCCCCAGCAGCCACAGGGACCACAUCCCGCCUGGCGCGUCCUACCAUUGCCUCGGCCUUAAGGGCAUCCAGCAAUCAACAGUCGGUCAAGCAGCAGCGCGAGCGAGCCGCUGCUGCCCUGACGGCCUCUCUGAACAGGUCGGAAAAGUUGAGCGCCAAGAGCAAGACUGUUGCAACAGGAGGUUGGGCCAAGAAGGAUCGUGAAAUGACAGAGUCGGCGAAGCAGGCGGCUCGAACUCGCCUGUGGCCACCAAAGAAGGCGGCUGGAGGUGAGGCCCUCCGCCUGAAGAAGGAAACUUUUGCCAUAAACCUGGACGAGUAUCUGGAGGAGGACGAGCCUGGCCUGGAGGGCGAACUGCCGUCAGAAGAUCUGUCCAAUCGCUUGCUAGAGGCAGGCGUUCAGACCAACGAGCAGGAGAUACUCAGCCGUGGCCCGCUUCCUGGCUUGAGGGUAGUGAUCCCCUCCCAGCCACUAAUGGAGAAAAUUGAAAGGGAGCGGCACGAAGCUAAGUCCCGGCUGGAACGCCAGUCGACGCGCAGGUUCGCCUCGUACGAGCUGCAGGAAGAACAGCACCUGGACGAGCUGAAGGAGUUCUCUGAGCGCCACGUCGUCACCAAGCGCAGUCCGAAGAGGCCGCCACCCGUCAUGUACGCCAGUUACGACAAUCAGUACCAGAACGUUUUCAAGUCAAUGGACGACUUCUUUACCCGUGAGGUCCCCAAGUCCGAGUCCAUCACCGACAUCAAGGAACGCAUCAAACGAAAGGAGCAGGAGCUCCUCAGUCUCUUCGAUGGGGUGGACCAUCUGAAAGAGCAGCCGAAGGUGUAGCCAGAUU